AUGUCUUAUCCUCAGACCCUCGAGAAUCUCACCGCGCGAGAAGCAAUUUCGGAUGCCAUGUAUCGAGCCCUCCUCGGCUUCGACUACAAUGACGUUGCCAUUUUCAACUCUGCAUUUGCAGGGGAAGAUGUUGUCCUUGAGAUAAAUUCCGGCCCUGGAGAGGAUGUAUCAGUCCAAGGCCUCUCAUCUAUCCGAACACAAUUUCUUGCCCAUGUUGGGCCCAUGGACACUACACACAUGACAAGCAACGUUCGUGUGAGCUUUAAGGAGGGAGAAAGUACUGCAUCUCUCACGGCCAACUUCCUUGCACAGCAUUGUCCACCUGGUCGAGGCAAAGAACUCGACGGACCAAAAUUUAUGGCUUCGGGGCAGUAUUCGAUUGAUCUUGUGCAUGAUAAUGCGGAUGGAAUGUGGAAAAUCAAGAAAUGGGUAUUGAAUAUUAUUUGGAGACAAGGCGAUAUUUCUGUCAUGCAUAGGUCGGCCUAA